AUGUGCGCCCGGAUCUACGAGGACGCAGCGAGGAAGCUUUUGCUGGAUCAGCGGACAGAGCUGCGGGAGCCAGUAGCGAAGUCCCUGACAGAUGCACUGGCCGUGGCUGGAGCACUUGGCUCUGUGCCUGGGCCUUCGGAGGCGGACCAGCUCGCUUGGGCUUUCCGUCGUGCAUUCGACGAGCAGCUUGCUGCCAGCGCAGUUCCCAAAGCUGGAGCUGCAUCCGAAGGCCCCGCAGCCAUAAUUGCCGCUGCUAUUCAAAAAGGUGUCCCCCUUUACAACAGCGGCAAUCCUGAGGGAUGCGCCCAGGUUUAUGCCGAAGCAGCCCAAAGACUUCUUGACGGAGGAUCGAUGGGUUCAGGUGCCCGUGCCACACUUCAGCGGGCUUUGGAUUCGCUGCCGCAAUUGCCCAAUGCGGACGCCCGUGCUUGGGCCCUGCGUCGGUCACUGGACGCCGUGGCGGCAAAUAAUGGACCCCAGAUGCCCCAGACAUCAGCAUCAGAGAGUACUCCUCCGCCUGCAUUAGUGCGCGACUUCUCUGCAGGACGUGGCUUGGAGGUGGCAGGCUUCAUAGUCAACGACACAGUCAUGGGUGGGCGGUCUGACAGUGAGCUGCAGAUGUCCGAGGGUGCGGUCUUUCGUGGAAACGUCACCAAGCGUGGUGGUGGUGGAUUCGCGUCCGUGCGCUUCCAGCCACGGGACCGUGCGGCCUUUUUGGCCAUGCUGCGUGGAGCUACGGGGCUGUCGCUGAAGGUUCGUAGGAUGCAAGGCUGCGCCAGCUGGAAGCUGCAGCUGAACAGCCUGGCCCUCGAACAGUCAUCCUCCCACUUCUCUCCUGUAAAGCACUGCAAAGCACCCACAGUUCACCCGCAGAGGGCAAUUUCAUAUCUUCGGGCUUCUGGGGCCCACCAUGGCUUCAAGGCAAGUCGCAGGAAGAAUGCAAGAUGUGUGAAUUCUUCACUGUGCUGGGUACGCUUGACACUACCCACACUGUUGCAAGUGACUGGCGUGCAGUUAGCUGACCUGGUUGCAGCUUGUCCGAAUACUUGUAGCAUUGUAGCAUCUGUUAGCACAGCCCAGGGCUUGUAA